AUGAGUGAGAGGCUGUCACUUGAGGAUGCGCCCAUCCUGCGUUUCCGGCAGUUACAUCAAGAUUUACUUGUCUAUGCUAGUCAGAGUAUGAUGGAUGAAGAGGAAAUACAGUUUAUGGCGAAUCUUGUAGCAGUAGCGCCAGAUCUACUUGACCCACUGUCUCUAGCACCACGUAAUGCCUUGGAACGUGCAGCACUUGAAGCAAAUACGGUUAAUGUGAGUGGAAAACACGUGGAUGUGUCACCAAUUAUACAACAAGAGAUUUGUAAACUUAGUGAUACAUUUCAUGUGAGUGAAAAGACGUGUUUGGAGUUUUGGUUACUAGCAAGUGAGGAGCAACAACGUGAAUGGGUGGAACUUACGGAUCAGUUACUACCAGGUACAAUUGCUCACUCUGUGCAGAAUGCAGCACGCUAUUUUUUGAUAACGGAGACAGAGUACAAACUGCAUUUACUCAAGGAGCUACUACGACUGCGUCUUGAGACGAGAUUAGAGAAACAGCGUGCACAGUUUAUUGUUACAUUUACAAACAAGCUAUUGACUGAGGAGCUAGUGACACAUCUAGUCAAUGCUUUUGAUAAUCAACUGGUACAACUAGCACAAGUGCCUCGGAUGGAACAAAGUGUAAGCUAUUGGCAUACGCUCGUGGCCGAUUGUUUGGUAUUUAUUGUAUCCAGUACAUUGAUCCUGGCUCAAGAAGUCCAGAAACUUGCCGAGUUGUUGAAGAUGUUGUGUGGACGGCUGAAAAGCGUAGUGGCAAAGGUUUCACCGCAUAUUGUCAACCUUUCGUCGUUUGCUCAAUUGUUUGAAGGUGGAUCGCUUUCAGGAACAUCGCCAGAAGGAGCAGUGAGACAGGUGGCGUGUAUGUUACAGACGAUCACUGCGCUCCAAGUGGCGCUAUUUACCGUUUUGCUACAGAAAACGAAAAAGAUGGAUCGUGAAACAGGUGACAUGGAGAUUGGCGUUGCAUUAUGCCGACGAGAGCACGCUCUCGUGGUGAAAGAGUUGCACCGCAUUUUUUUCGAAGAUGAGUGGGAGCAGAAGAGUUUUCAAAGCGUUGCAAUGCUUGCAUGGGCUGGGUUUCUUGCAGGCAGUGAUGACGGCAUCGGCAGUAACCGCAAUGUCACUUUUUCUGAGACCGAAGCUGCAACUCGCGUGGUCAAAAAGGCAAUUGAAGAGCGCGUUUUUCAUACGCUAGUGGAGGUUCAACUUAAAUAUAUGCCGGACCGAAAGCGAGACUUGCGGUUGUACAACAUUUACGAACGAAACUUUGAGCUCUUGUUCCGUACGUAUUCGUCCAAAAUGAUGAUUGACGUUCCUACGGUCGCUGACAAGGCAGCACUAGCUGCCAUGCAAUCCGAGAGCGAUGGCGAAGUAGCUGCUUGGACUGGCGACUGCCUUGAAAACAUUAUUGAUUUUGCAAUAGCGUUGUGCGCUCGCAAUGCAAUGUUUUGUUGCUCGUUCUGGCGCGGAACAAACUACGAAUUUGGCUUUCACGACAGCAGUGGUGGUGGCACAGUAAGCAAUGCAGAGGACGACAUGCAACAGCCUGAGUCACGUUUUGGCAGUGUUGAUGGUGGAAAUUGCUACGACUUUUUGAUCGCUUGCCGUGAUGCUGCGUAUAAAAAUCCUGGGUGUUUGGCUGCUUAUAUACGAUUAGUUGCAUCCACCGCGAGCGGGCCCGAGUGUGCCCAGCAGGCAUUCCACCACAUCAAGCAGAACCCACAGCAACUUAGUUGGGAUCAGUUCUUUGCUGUAAUGGCAAAGUAUCAGCGACUUCUUACAGAUGCUGAGAAACCUGCCGGCUAUUCAUCGCUCAUGCCCGUUGGCGGUACCCAGGAAAUUGGAAUCAGUAGCAGCACAUUUAAUAAUGUGGGCAAUGCAGGUAACCCUGGUCCCCGAUUCAUUCGUCCUAAGGAAUUGGAAGCAUUAGAAACCAUCCAGUUACUAAUCCAGGAAGUGGUUUCGGAUCCUCAGCUAGCACUGAUUUUUUUCCACAACCACGAUUGGUCUCCAAUCCCGACAUUUGUAGCUUUUCUUCAGUGUCGCAUCCCCAGUUCGCUCAAGGGUUCGAUAAUGAGGACCCUUGCCGUCUUUGCGCGAGUGUCGGACAUUGCGCCAUAUGUAUGGCGCCAAGUAGACGCGUUGCAGAUCUUGCGUACAAUGGGGGAUACAUCGGUUUAUGGCAAUCAGGAUAUUAGCUAUGAACUUGAACAUUACGAGUCUUUGAGUAGAACGUACCCGGCAACGCGAGGAUUUGUUACGUUGCUGUACGAAUUGUUUGGAAAUCCUCACGCGUGGAAGUCGUUUGAAGGCGACGGUCGUGUUGCUGCGAUCCAGUUUUAUUUCGAAUUUUUGCUCGAACACGUGUUCCUGAAGUUUGAUUUACGGAAGUACGAGCGAGAAGAAGAAAAGUGGGCACUUGUGAACGGCACGCUCGCCAUUUUCAAGAAAAUCUUACGGAGCGCAGGCACGUCAAGCACCGAAGGUACUUUAUCGUAUCAGAUACUUGCUCGAUUCUUAUCGAGCAGUCCUUUGUUGAACAAAGUGCUAUCUAUUGUAUCUGGAGACGGAGGUGUAGAAAAUUUGGAGAACACAUCGACGGAUAUGCAUCUUGAGCAUGCAUUCUUUUACUGCCUUGACAUUGUCAAGCGCGAAACUGAGGUGAAGCAUGGAUCUCUGAACUUUGUGAUUGACGUGUCGAAAAGACCUAGUGACACGUACCUGACCAAAACCACAGCAGUUGCUGCGCUGCGAGAGCAAUGUGUGCAGCAUGCACUCGAGAUUUUUGUUUUGGUGCUGGAGAAGGACGUCCAGUUUGUGAAUAUCGAUCUCAACCGUCAACUGUCGCACCGACUGCAAGUGGAAACGUUGCACACUAUCUUGUGCCGUCAUCGUUCUGACUUUGUGAAUAUUAUUAAGUACAUUAAGUAUUCAAAGUCAGCUCACAUUCCACAUUUGUCCACGGUGAUUCUUCGUCGUAUUAGCGCGCGUAUGAGCGGAGCCAACCUUGUCGACUUGCUUGUCGACAGUGGAGCAAGUGCCGAUAUCAUAAUCGGAUACAUGAACCGUUUGCUGAACGUGUAUAAUGAUGACGAAAACGAGCAAGUCGAAAAUGAUACGGGAAGUAACGGCGAGCAAGAUACUGAAUCUGACUCGGACAGCCUGCCGUCAUCAAGAAGGCGAAAACGUCAAGACAGCCGCACAAUAUCUUCUUCGUUUGAGUUGUUUGCUCAAGAGACGUCUCCACCUUCAAUUCGUGCUGCGAUUCUCGAUCUGCUUCUCGAAAAUUUGAACAAGCCAGCGCCUAACUUGGCGCAUUUGCUACUAGGCAAUGUAGGAUUGCGUGGAGACUCUACAAGAGUACCAAUAUCUUACAUGAACACUGGCCUCGCCGCUGUCAUUACCCUCGUAUCAAACGCGGACUUUGGCUUGGAGACACCAGAACUGGCGGAGCGGUGCUAUCAUGUUCUGCAUAAUUUAUUAACUCAGGAGUUUUCGUCUUCGAACACUAUAGCUGCGUUAGAAAAUGCUCCAAAUGACUAUUUCGUCUCUCAGAUUCAGUUAUUCAGCCGUGUCUACUGCGUAAGGAGGAGAAAGACGGCUGCUGCUACUAUUGCUGAGCUGAACAUGCGCGGGUGGUUUUUCAAAACGCUGGCGGUGUACUUGCAUAUGGGGCUGCAUAAAGAACCUCCGCACAUGAAGAAAAUCAACAAAUUCAUGAGACAGUUGCUGUCGGUAGACAGUAGUAAUGAUCAGCAUGCUAUCGAACAAAUGCUGCUGAUUCAGCUGCUUAAUGAAUGUUCGUUCUACAUAUCUCCUCCGCCUGUGCCGACAAACCAGCAUGUAGUGGCCCUGGCUGAACAGGUGACCGCAGCCGUGGAGCAAGGUUGCUAUUACAAGUGGCUCAAGAUUGACGUUGAGCGCUUUUGCCAAGCGCUUCAGACGCUUGAUUUGACGGUAACUGAUGACGGGACGGGUGAUUACUACUCAACGUCGAGCAAAAGGUUUCGCGUGAAUGGAGACGGUGCUAGCAGUACCAGCAGUCAAAACAGCACAGAGACAGCGGCUGAGAGGUUGGUUCAAUGGGCCGUCCAAUGGAACAUUUACUCUGAGCGAAUUGCAGCUGAAAGCCACGCGUUGAAUUCGCUGCGCGAGCUUACGGAGGUGAUUGUGCUGGACUACCUUGCAUUGCCGCGUGAACAAGAAGAGCUCGAGACACCAGCAAUGUGGCAGGGUCUGGAUGCUGUUGCGUCCGCAGAAGUGCGACUGGAGCUGAUGAGCGGUAUUGUGGUAGCGGUGCUUAGUAAGUUGACGGAGAAGGCAAGUAUCUCUGCUCAGUUGUUUGAGAUCGUAUCUCGGAUUGCUUUAAUGGUCUUCUCGCAGCUCACUUACACAGACGAUGUAAGUCAGGCCUUGGCUUUGCCAGCGAGCCGUCAUCGUCAAAGCACGGGAUUCCUGGAACUGUUGUUUCGUUCCAUCCAUAACAGCGCUGCAGCGACAGGAAACCCGUCAGCUGCGCGCAACUCUCGAACAUUGUUGUACACCUGCGUUGUGCACGUGCUGCACGCGUUGUCAAGCAAUGCUUCGCAGGAUUUGGUCUCGUCAAAAACCGGUCUAGCGAACACUGCGUUAGGUCAGGACCAGCGUGUUCGGUAUCUUCUUACCAACCAGGUUGUCGAUUUGAUCUGCAGGGAUGCGAGUGAUGGUGACGAUACUCUCAGCAUGGCACUAGCAGUGUCAACGCUAGAGUCUCUGAUUGCUUUUGAAGAUGUCUUGUCGCUUGUCCCAAUAUUCCGUGAACGUGGCUAUCUCUUACACUUCAUUGAUAUCUUCAAAAAGCUCAGCGAGAUGGAUGCAAUGGCCUUUGAACGCGGCAGCGGUGGUUCAUCAAUGGUGAAAAGCAGUGUGCUUCCUCACGAAAUGGAUCCUGCGACCAUUGGCACGAUGUAUGAGUGCUUUUUGUCGCUUUUCACCCGGGCUGCUGAGUCACAAGAAGGAGCGGUGGUUUUGUUGGAAGAUGGCUUGGUCCGUGUACUAUCUGAUAUCCGUAACUUACCUACACAUCGACCACAGUAUUUUGCUCAGAACCAGCAAAGCACUGCACCAUCCUCUAUUGCGUCCAUUACAUCUUUUCAGCGCGUUGAGGCUGUAUAUUACCGUAAGUGGCUUCCCGUCGCGCGUCUGCUGAGCGCAUGCUGUGCUUCGUUGCCUAAGAACCGCGCUCUUGCUAGGCAAGUUCUGUAUUUUGUGAACAAGAACCGGAAGCUGUUCACAUCAGCGUUGAAGCUAUGCUCUGGUAGCUUGCAGUCGCAGCCAAUCUCUGUUAACCUCCUCCGUGAGGUGUCGUACGUGACGUUUGUCUUUCGCUACGUUACCCAGUUUCCUGACUUGUGCGAACAAACGUUGGCAAAAGCCAAGUGGGAGAAAAUUUCACACUUGAUUCUUCAGGUUUUCCUAAGCUACAGCGCUGAGCUAGUGCCUCCUAGUAAUGAUGAUGAUGGAAUGAGUGAUAGUAAAGACGUCUCGUGGUGGAACAGCAAGGCUGCCGGUUCUGCAGAGGAACAACGCAACGCGGUCAUUCAGCGCUUUUCUUGCUUGGAUUGGGACGAUAGACUUUUGGAGCAGUGCAAUACUGCAGCCAUGAAGUCCAGUGGCAGCGCAAGUCUACUGCACAUGUCUUUAUUGGACGAGGAGAAGUUGUACGCGUCUCGAAUGAUCUUGUGCAAUGCUGUAGCUAUCUGUGCGAGUCGAAUGAUGCUUGCAGUGGGUGAGGGCAGUGCUGGUCGCGCUGCUCCGCUGCUGUCCAUCGCAAACAAAGCACAGCUGCAGAAUCGGAAUCAAUUUCCAUCCAUGUCCUCGGUGGACCCACACGCGUUUGUAGUGGCUACGGACCCGUUGUGGACUCAUGCUCCGUCAAUUAAUGAGUUUACGGCGCGCUUUGACUCCGUUGUGCUUGCUUUGGAGGCGAGCAAACAGUUGGUGGAUGCGCUGACAGUUCUGAAGAACGAAACUGUUUCGGCACGCUCAAUUUCUAUCGCUUCUGCGUCGUCGCAGCAGCGGUCUCUUGGCCGGCGCGAGUACGAGUGUGAUAGUACACUACUACAAAAUGUACUGGAGUAUCACGCCGACAGCUUGGCGUUUAUUGUGGAAAAUAUGCUCGUGGUGCUGCUUUUACAUUUUGCUCACUACCUGAGACACCCGCAAGCAGCAGCCAGCAUUGGCGUCGUGCAGCAGACACUCGGCAAAGUGCUUGCCAUUGUCAGCGACAUUGAGACCAACCCCUUCGUCCACGCGAUCGCUAGAAGACUGCGAGAAUUAGCAUUGAGUAGUAGUUAG